GCGCAUGCGGACGCUCGGCGGCGGGAGCUUCGGGAGCGCGCUUCUGGCGCGGGAUCCCGGCGGCGCCGAUGUGGCGCUGAAGGUGGCCAGGGCGGGCUCGAGGCAGGACAUCCUGUGGGAGGCAGCUUGCCUGCGCACAGUGGCGCACGCCGACGUCCUCAGGCUCAUCGACGCCCGUGCCUCGACGCCGGGCGGGGAGCACGACCCCGACGACCUGCCAGUCCUCGUGUUCCCGCCGGCGGACCUGGACCUCCAGACCUUCCUCGGCAGGAGGCCCGGCGGCGCCCUGCCGCCCGAGCUGGCUCGCAGGAUGAUGCGGCAGCUCGCAGCUGCCCUGGCUCACGUCCAUGCGCACAACAUCAUCCACCGAGACGUGAAGCCAGAGAACUGCCUGAUCUUCUUGGCUAGCGAGAUCCACGGGGAGUUCUUGGGGCCUUCGUUGGCGCUGGCGGAUUUUGGCAUGGCUCGGCGUUGGUCUGGGGACCUGCGCCUGCGCCUCCGCCAGAAAUCCCGCGUGCCUCGAUGCCGCGAGGAGCCCAUGACAGCACUGGCGUGCACCUCCCGGUACAGGCCUCCAGAGCUCUGGGCGGCAACCAUGGGCGACCUCGAGAUGGACCAGGAGUACGAGGAGACGACGCCCUACGGCCCCAGCCUGGACGUCUGGUCGCCCGGGGCCGUCGUCUACCAGGCGCCGUCAGGGGAGACUCUCGUUCGUCCAGCGGGGAGCGGCGCAGAGAUGGCGCGGGCAGUGGCAGACGUCAUCGGCGCGGCCCCGGCGACGGGCCCUGCUGCCCUGACGUACACUCGGAACCCGCAGUGGCAGAGCUGGGCGCCUGCAGCGAUGUCAGCUGUCCCGAGCAGGCCGCUGCCCGAGUCAGGUGCUGAGUGGGAUUUGGUGCGGACGUGCCUCCGAUGGGACCCCCCCGCUCGCGUGGCGAUGUCGUCCGGGAUGCUGCGCGCGUGGUUCGGGCGGCGAGUCGCUACUCCACAGGCGGCACCGACGCCCCAGCCAAAACCGCGCGCUGAUGCCUCGACGCUCAGUUCGACGCCGACAGCCCAGACACCCGCGGAGAUCGCGCGCGCGUGGUUCGAGCCUGACCUCUCGCCUCCUCAGACGUUCACUUCGGAGGUCAAGUGCCGUUGCAAGGGGCAUUGCCGCGUGCACAGCCAUCGCAAGAGUGGCGAGUGCAACUGCACCGAGCUCGUCGUCGGCACCGGCUACUGCGCUACGCGCGUGCGCGUCGUCGCGGGGCGCGGUCGCCCCAGGCUCAAGACCGACUACUGCAGCCACCACAAGAGGGUGUUGGAGGCGGCUCCUCUCCGCGUGCAGCUGGCCGCGGCUGCAGUUCCAGUCGCGCCCCUGAUGAUGCCGUGCGACGUCGAGGAUUUCGUCGCCACCAGCGUCAUCCUUCAAGACGACGUCGCUAUGCUCAUCCUGGCUGCUGCUAUCCAGAGCCCUUGGCCGUGGGAGCGCUGGUGGAGGCUUGGAAGCAGCUGCCCGCGCAAUACUCGGGCUCAGAUUUGCGCUCGGCAAUCUUGCGCGCACUCGCGGUGGCGGACGGAGCCCCCCAUGCUGCGCAGUUGA